AUGAAAAGUUUGAUAAUUCCAGCUUUGAUUUGUUUGUCUUUAACAGCAACUUAUAGCCAGCAAAUUUCAAUUAUCAGACAAGAACUUAACAUAGUUCCUGAUGGAACCCAUAAUUAUUUAUAUGAAACGAGUAAUGGAAUAUAUGAGGAUCAGCAAGGAUAUCCUAAAGGACCUGAAAUUCAAGCAGUUCAGGGACAGUUCCAAUACGUAUCCCCAGAAGGUGAAUUAAUUUACUUAAGAUACGUGUCCGAUGAAAAUGGGUUUCAACCACAAGGCAGUCACUUGCCCACUGCACCACCAGUUCCUCCAGCAAUCCAAAGAUCUUUAGAUUAUUUAGCAAAAGUAAAGCCUCAGACAUAG